UACAACGAUUUUAACAAGAAAAAAGUGAAGGGAAAAAAAAGAGAAAUAGGAAAGAGUCAGGUGGCCGUUAGGAUUAGGUGAACGGUACUUGCCCCGUGUGGAAAAUACUGGAGUCUUGGAGAAGACUGCGUCUCAACCCUUUGGUGAACGGUAUUUGCCAGGUGUGGAAACUACUGGAGUCUCGGACCUUUUCCAUUUCAUCCAUAUUAUUAUAAUUUUUACCCAAAUUGGGGGUUAGGGUUCGGGUUCGAAAAUCUGUUGCAGACAAUCCUUUCAAUUGCAGCCCAAAUGCCGUGCUUCACGGCAACUGCGCUCCACAUCUUAACGUUCGUCCUCCUACUCUUCUGUUUCUCUGCCCCGAUCGCGCAAUCGCUGCAAGAUAAUUCGGGAUCUAUCCGGUUACCUUCUGAUGGAUUUACCAGCGCCCAUGAGAACGAAGGCGUCUGCGCACGAUUCGCGAAGCCGGCAUCGUGCCCGGUCAACUGCUUCCGAACGGAGCCCGUUUGCGGCGUUGAUGGCGUCACGUACUGGUGCGGUUGCGCCGAUGCAUUAUGUGCUGGUACCCGCGUGGCCAAAUUAGGGUUUUGUGAUGUUGGGAACGGAGGUAGUGCUUCGUUUCCUGGUCAAGCACUUCUUUUGGUUCAUAUUGUUUGGCUCAUCUUGCUCGGAUUUUCUGUAUUGUGUGGUCUUUUCUGAUUGUUGAAAGCAGAGAGAUUUUGUGUUUUUCUCCGAUGGGAUCUGCAUUUUUUUUAUCUACUAUUUCUAUACGUAUUGUAAAUGUAAUUCUUUGGAUUAAUAUACCUAUUUGAUUCCUUUUUUUCCCUAAUAAAUUUCGUUGUCUUGCC